AUGCCUGCUGUAGGUGACCAACACAAGCCGAAUGGCAGCACCACAGCCAACCCGUUCGAAGAGCAAACCCCUCGAAUAACGGAAUAUACAGCCCAAGAGAUCGCAACCUUGCAAAGUCGGCUAGACAAGCAAUUAGGACCGGAAUAUCUCUCGUCACGCUCAGGACCAGGUGGCACAAAAUUACACUACCUGGCAGCCGACAAGGCCAUCAGUCUUGCCAAUGAGGUCUUUGGUUUCAAUGGCUGGAGCAGCUCCAUUCAGAACAUCCAGAUUGAUUUCGUCGACGAGAACCCUCAAACUGGAAAGAUCUCCCUGGGUCUCUCCGUGAUUGUCCGAGUGACGCUGAAAGACGGCUCACACCACGAAGACAUUGGCUACGGACAAAUUGAGAAUUGCAAGGGCAAAGCGGCUGCUUUUGAAAAGGCCAAAAAGGAGGGUACUACAGAUGCGUUGAAGAGGACUUUGAGAAAUUUUGGGAAUGUCUUGGGGAACUGCGUCUACGAUAAGAAUUAUUUGUCCAAGGUCACAAAAAUGAAGGUUGGAAGCACAAAAUGGGACGAGGGUAUGCUGCACCGACACGCAGACUUUGCGCCCAAAAAGGCGCCAGAAGAGAAAAAGCCGAACGUUUCUGCACUCGCGCAAGAAGAGACGCCAGAAUUCGAGGACAGUUUCGAGCUGGCAGACUUUGAAGAGCUUGAUUUUGAAGGGGUCGAAACAGGGCAUCCAGAUGAGGUCGCAUUACCUGCAGAAGCGACAGAUUCCACAAACAAGUCAAGUUAUUCGGCUUCAGAACGGAUGCACGCACAAAGCAGACCAGAUCAGACAACUACACCUUCCAAACCACCAGCCAAUGCACAUCCUGAUCUUCGAGUGGCUCUCCUAAAAGCCCCUCAGACUCUGCCGACAACGACAGUGAUACCUCAACCUUUGCCUGGGCAACGGCAACAAGGCGCACCGGUCCCUAUUGCAAAACCCUCUAUAGGAGACUCUCGACUUCCUGUUGACAAUCUCUCUCGAGCAGCUUCACCCAUAUCUACCCAUCAUUUACCUCCUCAGCAAGCCGGUCAAGGCAUUGGCUUCUACUCAGCCAAGGCUGCCGAAGCUCUGGAUGAAAACAACAACGUGAUUUCCGCCGCAGCGGCAGCAGCUCCCCGGUUCAACCCGCAUGCCGAAAGUCCGUCGAUCCGCAAAACCUCUGGGGUCAACCACAACAGAUCUAUACCCUUGAAGCGAGACCUGACUCCCGACACCACCAAUUUACGGACGAAUGUCAUCAAUCCACAAUCAGACCCGAUGAGACGGUUGGGGGCUCCUGGCCACCCCAGCGGGCAGAUUUCGUCGGGCACUCGAGGGCCUAACACCUCUGCAUACCGACCUCCCACCAGACGGGGGCCUCCGGAAUCAGGCACCACUAGUCACACAAUGAGCUCAGUAGACGUGGGGGGCGGAGUAGACCGCGUUUUACAGGCAGCAAAAAGGACACCGUUGGGAGAUGUGAGCAAUAUGCAGCAGCAGCAUCACGUAACUUCAAUCACCGCGGACGGUGCCGAUGCUAAAAGACAGCGGCUGGGUGAUGUCGGCCAGAGCGGCACUGAAGAAGCGGUCGCCGGUAUCCCAAGGAUCAGCGGGUGA